AUGAAUGAAGAUCUCUCAGACAGCAUGUUGUCAUUCCUAGUGAACACAUUGUACUGUGAACUGAAGGCACGGUUUCUUUUCGCUAUGCCGCGGGUCGUACCCGACCAACGGGCUACCUUUGAAAAUGAUGAACUGUUUAGGAAAUUAAGUAGGGAAAGCGAGGUAAGAUAUACUGGAUAUCGAGACAGACCGAUCGAUGAAAGGCAACUUCGAUUUCAUUCAGAUUGUAGAGAAGGUCACGCUGACUUGGCAUUCGUUUGCACUGGUACAAAUCUCCAAUUAAAUUUUUCUCCAAACGCCUGGUCGGAGAGACCUGAAGAUAGAAUACCCACAAGUGAAUUUGUCAAUUUCGACGUAGAACCUGGCAAGGUUCAUUUAAAAUCUCAAUUUAUAUUGAAUGGUGUGUGUGUGAUGUGGAGAGGGUGGGUAGACCUCAUUAGACUUGAUGGUGUAGGAUGUCUAGAGUUUGACCAAGAACGAGCGAUGGUUGAAGAUGCCAUACUUAGAGAGCAACUAGAAGAGAACAACAGGCGAGUCCAGGAGUUUGAAGAGCGGAGAAGGCAGAGAUUACAGGAGCAGGAAAGACAAGCAGCAUCUGAGGCUGAGGCCAGAUCGAGGAGGAAAGGUCGGCCCAGAAAAGACGUUUACGGCUCCAACAUCACCAACGCCACCAACCUGACCAGCAGUGACCAGAUCGCUUGCGCCUUGCGCAAAUGUCUGGAGCCUGUGUUUGUGUUCCCCGAGCUGAAACCCCCACCUUCCAUCUCCGAGCAUUUGUCUCGAACCUUUAGCCACCAUCAGCACCACCAUCACCAGCACCACAGAGUCAAGCACAACCUUGAACCACACGCCAUCAAUUGUGAUCCCAAAAUACUAACAGGUGUAAGAGGAAAAAAACAAACUGUCAAAAUACGCCAACAACUGAAGAGAAAUUCCUCAAAUAGUGGAAGACGAGGAAGAAGAUAUCGAAGUGGACGUAGAGGUGGUCGAGGAUGUAGUGGAAGUGGUGGCAGAGGUUCAAGUCCAACCCGCAGCCGCAGUAGAAGCCCAGCCCAGGGACAAGAUCCGAAAGUCUGAUACCAUUUGGUCACCAUGGAAAUAGAAAAUGUUGUUGUUACUAUGGCUGUGUUGUGCCCAAUGGCUGUUGGAAGACAUUUUGUUGUAGGUCACAGGGUGGUUAGGUCACAGGUUGGUUAGAUGUGUUUGGAAGUGGGGGGGGGGGGAGGGAAGCAAAAAUGAACAGUGGGUAUUUUGAGACACGGAAGUUAGUUUUUGAAAUGUGGACAUUUAUAGGACAUAUUUUCGUGUACAUUUCUAAGAAACAUUUUUGUGCAUUGUUUUCCUUGUAAAUAUAAUGCUCCAUUGAUCGCUUGUUACAUCCAACACACUGUUACCUUGAAAUCUGUUAUUAUAAUUUAUUUCAGCAUGUCUCUUUAUUUUAAUUGACAAUGUAUUGGUGAGUGUGUGUAUACAUGGGUGAGUGUGUGAUUAAAGCCGCUGAUCUUAGCGUACACUGAUAUAGACUGUUGGAGCUAGUGACGAACCUAGUUCUACUGCACACAAUGGGAUCAACAGAAUCAUUGCGCUGUCUAAGACAUCAAUGGGAAACAAUUAGUCUCAGAUGGGAGACAACCAUCCUGACAUAAAACUAACAAAACAAUUAGAUCCAGAGAAAAGACAGAAAUUUCUCGAGGGUAAACUCUUUUAUGAACUCGAUGCAGAAGUGAGACUUGAAUGUAGGCCUACUAGUUGUCAUGGUGAUGUCCAAACGUCUUCUGGCAGGAAGUUUGAUUGAGGAAAUAACAGGCCGACUCUAUUUCUGAAAGAGCAUCUGAUAUUGACUAGUCAAGAUAGACAAUUAUGUACGUGAUUUUUUUUAAAGGCUAUUGUCUUAUAAACUCAAAAAUUUGACGUCCAAAAAAGUGGGGGAUCUCUCAUUUACUUUAGAUGUAGCCUAUAAUGGAUUUAAUAGUUGCUCUUAAUCUUAUUAAUUUUUGCUAAAAUGGAACCGUAACUAAAUCUGUGUAGUGAAGGCGUAAAGCUGUAGGAGUAUCUGAGUAGACUUCAAGCAGUCUUGAUUCUUUGAUCAUGUUCUACUGUAAAUGGCAACAAGUAAAAUGUCAAAAGUGCAGUAUUUUUAUUGUCAAAUUUAUAUAAAUAUCUAUAAAUAUGUAUUAUAUAUAAAUACUAUAUAUAUAUAUUCCACAUUGUUCUAGUCCCUUGGAUUUGUUGUUAUUGCUUGACCUACUGUCUCUUCAAUGACAUAUUGUAAACCAUUUCACCUUAAAUACAAUAACAUAACCUAAUGUAUAAUUGUAUGUUAUUUGUGUAUAUAUAUAAAUAUAAAGAAAUUUAUUGAUUGUAUAUGACAUGUGCCAUUUCACAGGGGACUAUUGUCAGCCUUACAACUGUCUGAAUAUAAGACUGUAUCUAGCAGUAAGUAGCAGUUAGAAAUGAAGAAUGAAUUUAUUGUUUGACUGUACAUCUUGACAUACUGACACAAAGAAAUGUUGCUUGUCUGAUAGUUAUGAAAUUCCUUUAAUGUUUUUUUGAUUAGUCAAAUUUUGUAAACUGCCUUUUUUUUUUUUUUACAGAAAAAAAAAUCAAAGUAACAAUAUAAAUUUCUUCUCAAAUUAGAAUUAAAAUAAAACCAAAAAAAAACAAAAAACAACAAACCAACAGAAUCUUUUGGUUUAAAAGUAGUAAAGAGGAUUUUAUUUUUUUUAGAUGUUUUUCUUAAUAUUGAUUAGUUCAUCGAGGUUCAAUUAACAGAUUUUCAUUUGGUUUAUAAAACUCCUAGAGAGAAGAGUUGACAAAUUGAGUUGAUUUACAAAUCCUGCCAAGUGAUAUUUUUUAAAGACUGACUGAUGUUAUAAUGUUUACUACACAUUCCACUUUGUUUCUUGCAUAGUGUACACAUCCCAGUCAUGCUCUAUGUGUGUGUGUGUUUCAACAGUUCCAUGAAAUAAUUCAAAAUGUUUCUUGCAAUGAAAACAACUUUAUAAACCAUUGCUUCAUUCUAGAAUAAAUUGUUUCCCCAAACCAUGAA